AUGGCAGAGUUAGAGAACCCAAAUGUGAUGCCAAAUCUCAUAACGUUUCUGUCUUCUCUUCUCCAAAAAGUGGCAGAAUCCAACGAUGUAAACGGUCAGUUUCAGCCUCAGAAGAUUUCGGUGUUUCAUGGCCUAACUCGGCCUACUAUCUCAAUUCAAAACUACCUGGACAGAAUUUACAAGUAUGCAAAUUGUAGCCCGUCUUGCUUUAUUGUUGCAUAUGUUUAUCUUGAUCGGUUUGCUCAAAGGCAAACCUCGUUGCCCAUCAAUUCUUUCAACGUUCAUCGCCUGCUUAUUACCAGUGUCAUGGUUGCUGCAAAGUUCAUGGAUGAUAUAUUCAGGGGAAAUAGACAGGUUUCUUCUCCCUCAAUUCGUUCAAUUUUGCAAUAUGCGUUGUCAAGUUGUUCUUAUGGCCUGCUUGUCUACAGCAUGUCCAGAUUUGAAGCUGAGUUCAGUGUAAUUGCAGACUCAGAGAUGAAUCCUUUUCCAUUUAUGGAGAUUAGGGAAUUCCAUCGGUGUAGAAAAGAUGCCAUGUUGUUAAUUGAGCUUGAUGAAUUAUGA